GGGUCAGGAAACUGGCAUCCAAAGGUGCAGGGAUGCGGAACAGAACUGGCACAGUUCUUUGUGCCUUUGCCCUCCUCGCAGGCUUCCUGGUGGUCUGCCUGGGGGCCUUCUUCAUGUCCUGGAGCUCCAUAGUCAGCUGUCAGGAAAACUUGAUCAUGGCCUAUUUGCUUCUGCCUCUGGGGUUUGUGAUCCUUCUGGGUGGAAUUUCCUGGAGCACCUACCGCCAGGCAAGUGGAAGCAAAGGGAUGUUCAGCCAUGUUCUCAGACAACACCUUGCUCAAGGAGCCGAGGGCCUGGCCACAGUGGACAGGCCAGAUUUUUACCCUCCUGCUUAUGAAGAAAGUCUCGAUGUGGAAAAGAAACCCUUUCCUGCAGAGAGAGAGGCCUUGGAGGUUCCUCCACCUCUGUACACAGAGACGGACCUCGAAUUUGAGGAUGAAAGUGAUGCUCAUCAAGAGGCACCGCCGUCCUAUGACGAGUCCAUGGUGGACAGAGCAGCGGCAGCAACACCAUCGCAGGAUGCUGAGAGGCAAAGCCAAGUGUGCUGA